GCGAGGAUCGGCGCUGCGCGAUGCGGCGGCGCCGCGAUCGGCGGGGGCGGCUGCGCCGACGGCUGACGCGGCGGAGGCGCUGACCUCCGACGGCCAUGUGCCGUCGCUGACAGUGGCGAUCGUGGGAAGGGACGGCGCGGGAAAGACGCGGCUCGCGGCGGAACUGCUGAGGUUGCAGCCUGGUAAAGAAAGGGGCUCCCUCUCAAGCCUCUCUCUUGGACAACCAUCGGCAGAUGAACUGACUACAGAGGAGUCUGCAACGCAUUUCAACACGACUCUGUACAACCACCUCUAUGCUGUGGACUGCGGGUCCCAUCGGCUGCAGAUUGUGGACAGCCCAGGCCACGUUGAGAGAUUGCCCCACAUCGACAUGGCUCUAAGAGUAGCGAAUUGCUCUGUGUACGUCGCCAAGAUGGGUGCAAAAGUGGACAGUGCAGGCCUGAGGGUGUGGGACCACCUGGAGACCUCACAAAUGCCACGGGCACUGUUCGUGAGCCAGGUGGACGAUGGUGGGAAGGAUGCCUUCGAAAAGUGUGUGAGCGAUCUGAGAGAUUCGAUCGGCAUUCUUGUGGUUGUCCUCUUUGCACCCUACCAUGACCCCGAAACAGGGGCGCUGGUGGGGCUGAUUGACGUCAUCAAGCAGGAGCUGUGCAUUGGGGACCAUUCCUCCCUUUCAAGGGUGCCCCUCCCAGAGGCAGCAGUGCCCAUCGCCACCGCAUGGCUCACAAAUCUGAUUGAGGUGCUGGCCGAGGCAGACAUCGACGAAGACGUGUCAGAGGCGUACUUGGUCGAGGAGGUGCCCCCUCAAGACGUGCUGCUGCGAGCACUGACAAAGUCGGUGCUCAGCAGGGCAGUGACGCCCAUCCUUUGUGGCAGCUCGGCCACAGGGAUGGGUGCUGAUGAACUUGACGAGUUCAUGGUGGACCACUUUCCCUUGGCCGGGCCAAAUGCGGCGAGCAGCGAGUGGCUCGGAGAGAACUCUGAGGGACUGGAGGAAGUCAGCCCCGACCCCAACGGGCCGUUCGCAGGCUACGUCUGCGGCACCCACUAUGACAAGUAUGCGGGCAAGUGCUCUGACGUGCUGGUGCUCAGGGGGACGCUCAGGGCGGGGGACAAGAUCAUGGAUGCCACCACGCAGGCCAAAUAUGCAAGCCACAAGCUGAUGCGGUGGAGCCGUGUAGGUGAGCUCGAGGAGGUGGAGGGCGGUGUGGCAUACCCUGGGGACAUUGUUGUCCUCGACCACUGCGACGUUCACGUGAACCAGACUGUCUGUGAUCCCAACAAGCCUGUAGCGCUGGACCCCUUGAAGUUUGAAAAGCCGCGGUGCACAUUCAGGCUGGAUUUUGGAGGUGGGAAGAGUGCAAAGGAGGAUGCAAAGGCGCUGUCAGCCAUUCACAUGCUCCUUGACGAGGACCCAACCCUGCGCCUCACCCGUAACGAUGAGACCAGCGAGUUCCUGCUGUCCGGCAUGGGCCUACUCCACCUGGAAGUGGUCAAGGAGCGCCUAAAGACCACCCAUGGCAUCGAGCUGGCCCUUUCCACACCCCACGUGGCCUACCACGAGGCCCCGGGGACCAAGGCCCACGGCCUGGGGCGCCACAAGAAGCAGAGUGGCGGGCACGGGCAGUUUGGUGUGGCGGAGAUCUUGAUGGAACCGCUGGCACGUGGGGCAGGUGUGGAGUUCGUAUCGGAGAUCAAGGGGGCGUCCAUCCCAAAGCAGUACAUAGGGAGUGUUGAGCGUGGUGUUCGUGAUGCCUUCAAGAAUGGCCCUCUUGGCGGCUUCCCAGUCGUUGACGUGAGGGUGAGGCUGGUGGAUGGCAAGACGCACUCCGUGGACUCUGGCGAUGCCGCAUUCCAUCAGGCCGGCAUUCUGGCAGCACGCGAUGCCCUGUCAAAAGCAAAGUGCACCCUCUUGGAGCCGGUGAUGAUGGCCAACAUCAACGUGCCCGACGCCAAUGUGGGCAGCAUAUCCAAGGACCUCUUGCGGCGGCGGGGCCAAGUCCUUGCCGUCAACCCCAAGGGCCACAUGUCUGAGAUCCGUUGUGCGUGCCCCCUGGCAGCUGUGCUCGAUUAUUCAGCGGACCUGCAGCAGAUGACGAGCGGCCUUGGGGUCUUCACGAUGGAGCUUGACUCAUACCAGGAAGUACCACAGAACCUGGCGGACGGGAUCCUGAAGAGUGCGGGUGCGGGGCAGUGA